AUGGAGAACCUUACGAAUGCUACUAUGCCUGAGGAGGCAACACGUGUAGAAGAAAAUUAUUCUGCUGUUACGGAAACCAAUGACAUCAUGGAUGGUUCUACAUGUGUUAUUGACCCCAGCAUUGCUGUUUCUUUGCACUGCGGUUCAACAGUUGAUAAGGCAACUUCCACGGGGGAACUCGAUCGUUUACCGUUUCUGCGAGGAACAACUGCUGUAGUACAGACCGAAAUUGCGUUGCACACUAAGAGUCAAUGCCAGAUAUAUAUUCCCAUCAUUAAACAGUAUGCUAAGUCCAUUGCAAAGGAUGCAUAUAGGUAUGACAGAACUUUUUACUGUGACACUGUAGAGCCAGCGCUAGAUCCUAUAAAGUUAAGCUAUGACGUGGAUGUACUGAAGGAACAGAAUGAGGAGUUUCUUCGCCGCAUUGUCGAAAUGCAGACAGAAAUAGACAAGCAUGCACGGACAAUCUAUCAACUAGCAUUAGAGAAGCAGAGACUUAUGGCCGUCGAAGAGGACCUACGUGCGCAACUAAAGCAGACUUCAGAGGGAGGGACUGGUGCUCCUUCCACAUCACAGACGCUUCCCUUUGGUCCUACAGAGUUUGUGCUGAGGGAUAUCAAUGGAGACAUCCUCUUCGAUGAGCGUUUGCUGCCUCCAGAUAGUGAGACACUUUUGUAUGUUGUGAAAGGAGGCGACAGGCUCGUCACCUACCAUAUUUUCACAGAUAUAGAUGAAUUUCUUUCUCUUAAGAAGCAGCAGAUCUCCUCUCGUAACGUUAAGCUCCAGAUAGGCCCGUCUUGUCUGCACCCCCGCAUUUGGCAAUAA